CAAUUCAACCCAACUAGUUCUUCUACGAUCUUCGCCUGUAUACGCUCCAUGGAUAAUCGCAGCAGUGUGACCGCCAACGGUGAGGACAAUCCAGAUCGCGCUGAAGACAAUUCAAGGACAACGGGCCGAGCUUCUGGGCAGAACCGAAACAACGAACGACGACAACAACGGACAAUAACAGACGUUUUACAACAUAGCCGUCAAAGUGGAUGUCAAGGUGGAUGUGGACGCCCGAUAAGAGGAGCCCGGUACUAUGGAAGACUGGAACCUAGACCCAUAGAGGACAUCAACGAAGAACAACAGCUCCGAGCCUGGGCCCAGGAAACUUCGCGAAGGCAGCUGACGGACUUGGAAGAGGAGUUCGGGCGUUUGCAGGGCCAGCCGCGACCGGAACCAUCAGAGGAGUUUGCACGCAACCCAACGCUAAACCGCCGUCAGGACGUCAUCUGCGUCGAGAACAACCGGAUCAUACUCUCAAGUGGACGCUACAUACACGCCAAUUGGAUUAAUAGUCAAGGUAAUCAUCGGUACAUCUGUACGCAAGGCCCUCUUCCACAAACGGUCGACGACUUCUGGGAAAUGGUCUUGCAGGAGAAAGUUGAGGCGGUUUUGAUGCUGUGUGACACCAUCGAGCUCGAUCGUCCCAUAUGUCACCAGUAUUGGCCUACGGAUAAUUCGCCUGAAUCGGCUAUCACCAGUCGGGACGGCAACAUAAGAGUCCGCUUUGUGGAUACAGAGGCACUGGACGACAACAACCUUAUCCGGACGCGUCUACAGGUCACCAGUGAUAAUCCUAAAAGGCAGAUAUGUGUUCGACACUUCCACUGGAGACGUUGGACCGAACAGGAAGUUCGCAUGAAUCUGAAUUCUGCGAUCCGGCUGCACUCCUACAUCCGAGGAUACAAGCCGAUAGUCAUUCACUGUUCGGAAGGUAUUGGCAGAACCGGGGUCAUCGUCACAAUCUGCAUGGCUCUGAACACGCCGUAUGCUGGACAGCGCCUGAACUUGUACGAGUUGGUCACAGAGUUGCGCCGUCAUCGGGCAGGGAGCGUGCAGACUCUGGAGCAGUACUUGUAUAUCUAUGCCGUCAUUCUCCGAUGCGCGUGGCCCAAAGCACGAAGGAACAAUGGGGACGUGGAGGCAAUUGACAGCCUGGUACAAGCGAUAUCGGGGCGGAUAUAUCGAGGCAUAUAA